AUGGAUGGAGAGCUCUCGAAGGAGAAGGAGAACGAGCUGGAUGACAUGGCAUCACAAGAGAUAGACUUGGAGAGAAUCAAUGCGGAUGAAGUGUUGCAAAGAGAGAUCUCCGGACCACCAUACUCAGCGUUCAGCUCCGGGAUGAAAGCCUGGAUUAUUUUUCUCGUAUCAGUGUCUGCCUUGAUAUCACCUUUUGGUGCAACGACAGUUUUACCUGCUUUGAACGUUCUCUCCGAUGUCCUUAACAUAACAGCAACGCAGACCAACAUAUCCAUUACGACAUAUAUGAUCGCUCAGGGUAUCGCGCCUGCUAUCAUCGCCGGUAUGUCUGACAACAGCGGCCGUCGACUUGCUUUCAUUGUCUGUUUUGUUAUAUAUAUCGUUGGCAAUAUCGGGCUCGCACUCCAAACCAACUACAUCGCCCUUCUGAUCCUACGCAUGGUUCAGGCUGUGGGGUGUAGUGCAGCAAUCGCUUUGGCUUUUGCAGUUGUUGCAGAUCUUGCCACAAGUGCGGAGAGGGGAAAAUAUAUGGGGUAUGCAGGAGCAGGCAUCCUCAUGGGACCGGCGUUCGGCCCAACCAUCGGUGGUAUCUUAUCUCAAUACCUAGGAUGGCGGUCGGUCUUCUGGUUUCUUGCGAUAUUUGCUGGUGUUCUACUCGUACUAUUCGUUUUCCUCUUCCCUGAGACAUGCAGAAAUGUGGUGGGCAACGGCUCUAUACCUGCGAAAGGCAUCAACCAGUCCGUCAUUGGCUAUCUGCAACAGCGUAGGCUCGCCAAAGACAAUUUGUCAAAUACUACAACUACGGAGCUAGGUUCUUCCGAUCAAAAGGAGAAGCGCAAGUGGCCCAUUCCCAACCCUCUUGCCACCUUACACAUCAUCGCGGAAAAAGAAUCUGGAAUCAUCCUCUUCUAUAACGGCUUCUUCUUCACAGGAAUGAUGCUGGUCUCAACCUCAAUUCCCUAUCUUUUCCAUGAGGCUUACGGUCUGAAUGAACUGGAUGUUGGUCUUUGCUACAUUGCGAACGGGAUGGGGUCUCUCCUUGCGUCACUCACGACGGGCCACAUCGUUGACUGGAAUUUUCGCCGAUACGCCGCAGCUUUAGGAAUGACGAUUACCAAGGGCAAACAACAAGACCUCAGUAACUUUCCCAUUGAACGCGUGAAGAUGGAAAUUGUCAUUCCAGGCCACAUAAUCGGUACCAUAGGCAUACUCAUCUUCGGCUGGACAGUUAAGUUUCAAACUCACAUUGUGGGACCCGAAAUUGCCCUCUUCAUUAUCGGUUUUGGUGUUUCUACGGCUUUCAAUAUUACCAAUGGUCUACUUGUAGAUUUGCACCGCGAUCAGCCAGCUGCUGCGACGGCCGCGGUGAAUUUUGCAAGAUGUCUGAUGAGCGCUGGAGGCUCAGCGGCGAUCAUUCCAAUGUGCAAGGCUAUGAACCCUGGGUGGGCCUUCACGUUCAUUGCGUUGGUAUAUGUAGUCCUGAUUGGGGUGGUGUUUCUAAUCAUCAGGGACGGUAUGAGAUGGAGACAGGAGAUGGAAGAGAAGAAGCGGGCCAAGAAGGAAGAACGAGAAGCAAGUGUUGAGCAAGCAGAAGCAGAGGGCUGA